GUGUCAAGACCUCUUUUCCGUCUUCCAUUUUCCUUCUCGCACCAACUCUGCAACGAUUGAGGAGCAAAACAAAAAGAUCUCUCUUUGAAUUUCUCGCCAUGGUUCUCCGAUCGAUUAAACUCUGUACGGUCCUCUUGUUCCUUGGGACUCUAUCGCGCGUAUCCCAAUCUCUCCACUUCGAAUUGCAAUCGGGUCGAACAAAAUGUAUAUCGGAGGACAUCAAAAGCAACUCCAUGACCGUCGGGAAAUACAGCGUCGUUAACCACAACGAAGCUCACCCUUCUCCUCCGUCUCACAAGAUCUCCAUUAGGGUGACAUCGAGCUACGGGAACACGUAUCACCACGCGGAAGAUGUGGAAUCGGGACAAUUCGCGUUCACGGCGGUGGAAGCGGGAGAUUACAUGGCUUGUUUCACUGCCAUCGAUCAUAAACCUGAGGUGACAUUGAAUGUUGAUUUGGAUUGGAGGACAGGUGUUCACUCUAAGAGCUGGAGUAGUGUCGCCAAGAAGAGCCAAGUCGAAGUCAUGGAAUUUGAAGUAAAGAAACUUAUUGAAACCGUAAUCUCGAUUCAUGAAGAGAUGUUUUAUCUAAGAGACAGGGAGGAAGAGAUGCAAAAUUUGAACAGGGCCACAAACUCGAAAAUGGCGUGGUUGAGUUUCCUCUCUCUUUUCGUAUGCUUAGGAGUCGCCGGAAUGCAGUUUGUGCAUUUGAAGACGUUUUUGGAGAAGAAGAAAGUUAUCUAAGAUGGUUAGAUGGAACAAGUACAAUCCCACUCUUUCUUUUUCCCAACUCAUGGAAUCUUCUAUUCCCUGGGUUUUGUACAUUUAGAUAUUUGGUUUGAGCAUGUACUCUUGAGACCUGGAAAUUUAAAUGAAUGUGAAAGCGUUGCUCUUUUUGCA